AUGGAUAGUGAUAUGGUGUGCCGUAGAGCAGAGUUUGACAAUGUGAGUGGUGUGACGUGUGAGGGUGUGACAAUGGAUGGACGUGGAGAUACUCUGAUCCACCUGGAGCCACCAGGUAGUGUCCUCAACGUCUUUCUUGGUCAGCCCAUCAGUUUCAAGUGUGUGAUCGAUUACUCGAAGACUCCAGUUACUUCGUUCAGAUGGACACACAGUGGACGUCGCUACAGCGGACAAACAUUCAGUAAAACAAUCACAUCCAAGUCUGACUCGGACAACUUAACAUGCAGUGUCCAGAAUGUGGCGGUCUCCACUCGAAUCAACGUGUGGUACCCGCCAGAGGUACAUCUGGAACCGAAAAGUGACACCAUUGAUGUUGGUGUCGGUGAAGACCUCCGUGUGCAGUGUGUCGUGGAUUAUGCCAACCCUGCUGUCCGCACAUUCAGGUGGUCUCACAACGGACGAACAAGCACAGGGUCGACCUUCCUCAAACGUGACAUAACCAAGUCUGACCAAGGGCAACUGACCUGUACUGCUGACAAUGGGCACAUGAUGACGCCUGGACGGGCAGAUGCAACUAUAAAUAUAAAAUACCCGCAAGAGGUACAUCUGGAACCGAGCAAUGACUUCAUUGAUGUUGGUGUCGGUGAAGACCUCCGUGUGCAGUGUGUCGUGGAUUAUGCCAACCCUGCUGUCCACACAUUCAGGUGGUCUCACAACGGACGAAUAAGCACAGGGUCGACCUUCCUCAAACGUGACAUAACCAAGUCUGACCAAGGGCAACUGACCUGUACUGCUGACGAUGGGCACAUGAUGACGCCUGGGCGGGCAGAUGCAACUAUAAAUAUAAAAUAUCCACCGGAGAUCCACCUGUCCACAAGGCGAGAUGUCAUCAGAGUCACGGCCGGGAAUGCUGUUGAAGUUGAAUGUGUGGUUGACGAUGCAAACCCAGCCGUCAGCUCCUACAUGUGGCGUCACAACGGCGAUAUCAGUUACGGACAGACGUUUCUUAAACUCGUGUCAUCUUCUGAUUCGGGGAACCUAUCGUGCUCUGCUACCAAUAGACAAGGGACAUCAACAGUUGAAACAAGCAUCACAGUCUUGCAAGCUUCCUCUUUGAGCGGUAAGGAUAAAGUGAUUGCAAUAGCAACAGGAUCUGUUGGUCUGGCCAUCAUCAUCAUCCUCAUCAUCUUUAUUAUCUGCCAGAGGAGGAAGAUAAACACUGCAAAACCUAUUGAGAAUCCACAGAGACCUGCAUCGACGCCAAGAGCAGAUGAUGGAGGAAGCCAACAGAAUUACGAGAGUGUGGAACUGCCAUUUGGAGGUCAUGCCGACCAUUACCGAGAAUAUCGGGUGUCCUCAUGGAUUUUCAGCGAUACAGUCAUAUAA